CAACCAUACCAAACUCAAUACUGAAUUAACAGUUAACAGUUAACGCAAUUAUUUUUGUUAAAGUUUUAUAGAAAUAAAGAAGUUGGACUUUGUUGAAGUUAAUAAUAUCACAGUUUUAUAGUUGAUAAAAUCACACUUGUUACUUUUUCUAAUUCAAAUAAUAUAAAUCAAUAAAUUCAAGUUCAUUCAAUUGAUUUGAGAUCAGAUAUAAAAAACAUGGAUAUUAAAAAAAUUUGUCGAAUAUGUCUCGCCAAUACAAAUCGUUUAAGAGAUAUUUAUGAAGGCAGGAUAUGUAGAAUAAUUGAAAAAUGUGCUUCUGUUAAGGUGAUGGAAGGUGAUGGCCUACCUCAUAACAUAUGCAUAGCUUGCUUCUAUAGGCUGAAACAAUUUUAUUCAUUCAAGAGAAAAAUAGAGCAUAAUGAAAAGUAUCUUCGAAAGAUCAUUAAAAAUAAAACAGAGCGCAGGGAUAUUUUGAAUUUAGCUUUAACCAAAGCCAAUAUAAAUAGUAAGAGUAUGAGUGCUACGAAUGGAGAAGAAAUCAAUGAAGAGGAUAUUCCUCUCAGUGAAAGGUUGACUAAGUCAGAAGAAAUGCACGAAGCACAUGAAAAUGAUCCUCCACCUCUUAUACCAUUAGUGUUUGAUAAUAAAUCUGAGGCGGGAGUGAAUAUAGAUGUACCUCCUUUAAUUCCUAUAAAUCCAGGUGUGAACAUUAAUGCUCUUGAAAACAUUGUUCCAAUGAUAGAAAACCAAGAGUACUAUUCUAAAAAUUGCGAUAAAAAAUUUGAAAAAAGUAGUUUAUUCGAAGAGCAUAAACUGAAUACAUGUAAAGAAAAUUUACUGCAGUGCAAUAUCUGCAAAAAAGGUUUUUUUGAUAAAGCGAAGCUCAUUAAACAUUUGAAAGCACAUGUGAUUGUUAAAGGUUACUGUUGUAAAAUUUGCAAUAAGCAAUAUCCGAAUGCUAGUAGAUUUCGAAAUCACCUACUGAUUCAUAAAGGAGAACGUCCUUUCUGUUGCACAGUUUGCAAGAAAGGUUUUGUAACAAGAGGUGGACUUGAUAGACAUUUAAAAACUCAUGGUGAAAGCCGGCCAUAUAUAUGUGAUGUUUGUGGGCGGUCUUUUAAAGUUCCUGAAUAUUUGGAGAAACAUAAAAAGCUACAUGCAAAUAUUAAACCCUUUUGUUGUACAGUCUGUGACAAACAGUUUUCACAGUCACAGCACCUAGAGGUUCACAACCUUACAUAUCAUACACAUGAACGCCCUUAUUUGUGCAAUGUAUGUGGAAAGGGAUUUGUCAGUUCCCCAAGACUGAAGAGGCAUAUGGGAGUACAUACCGGGUUCAAGCCAUUUGUCUGUCAGUAUUGCCCAAAAACUUACACAACAUCUAAAAAUUUGAAAAUUCAUGAACAACGCCAUGUGAACGGUGGUUCUUCUGAGAAAAGUUAUUGUAAUAUUUGUAACAGAAAAUUUUCUCAUCCUUGGCGUCUUGCUAAACACAAAAAAAUUCACGAGGGAAUGUAUCAAUGUAAGACUUGUAGUAAGACCUACUCAUCAGAAAAUAUAUUGAAUAAACAUCUAAUCACAGUACACGGAUAUAUGGAAGAAACGACUCUUGUGACAGAAGAUACAUCCCAUAUAAAUAUGUAAGGCGAUGAAAACGUGCUAAAUUUUGUAUUUUUAAUAUAAGUUGCAUGUUGAUUCAAUAAAAGUUACACUAUUCAUGAUGCUUA